AUGAGGAUUACUAUCAUUGGAUCGUUACUUGGUCUCUUGACAACGACCUUUGCAGUGGUAGGUGCUCUCUGUAUUGUUGUACAAUCUUUGAAGGAACCGAUCCACGAAAUAGAUACGGUUGAAGUUCGGGAUCCGGCCAUUUGGUACAAUCCAUCUCUAGCAAAAUACUUCGUAUUUUCUACGAACGGCCAAAUACCUAUCUGGACAAGCUCAGCACUAACAGGCCCUUGGACGAACAUAGGGUCAGCUUUGAGUUCCUGCUCAAUAAUCGAUUCUUCCGGCAGCUGUAACAUAUGGGCACCCGAUAUCAACUUCAUCGAUGGGCUUUACACCUUAUAUUAUGCAGUUUCUGCUCUCGGAAGCCAGAACUCAGCCAUCGGCGUUGCCACCAGUCCGUCUAUGAUGCCCGGUACUUGGACUGACCUUGGGGAGGUCAUCAGCUCUGUCACCGGUGACGUUUUCAAUGCCAUUGAUCCCAAUAUCAUCGAUGAUACUGUCGGAUUGCAACUGACAUUCGGUUCGUAUUGGGAUGGGAUAUAUCAGGUUGGCCUAUGGCCUGGAGUCAAUGAUCAGGCUUCGGCUACUCCCGGGACUCACCUUGCUGGAUACAGCGGUCGACCGGCUGAAGCCGGCUUUGUCUACAAGCCGGCCAGCCAACCAUAUUACUAUGGCUUCUUCUCGGACGGUAUUACGCCUCUCAUCGGAGCUACCUCUCGUCCUGCUGCUGGAGCAGAAUACAAAGUCCUCGUAGGCCGUGGUGCAGUCGGACAGGGUCCCUUCUAUGAUGAGUUGGGGAAUGAUAUUACAUUAAACCUCACCCCGGCUACUGGAACGCUUGUCCUUGGAUCUCAUGAUAACGUUUACGCUCCCGGAGGCCAGAGUAUCUUCGCUGACCCCGUUAGCGGGCGCGAUGUGAUAGUCUAUCACUACGUUAAAUUGAGUGACCCCAUUGGCGGACCAUCAUACUUGGGUAUUAACUAUCUCGACUUUUCUUCUGGAUGGCCUGUCGUUGUUUCCUAG